AUGCCCAAUAUUCCUCCUCCAUCGGGACUCUAUCGACAAGAUGGCCCACCACCACAGAGAGGAAUUAGCGCUUUUCAACAAAAUCAACAAGUUAGAAAUCAGCAACAAUAUCAUGGACAUCACCAGAAUAGAAAUUAUUAUGGUGGAAGUGGAGGAAAUCAACCACAUUAUCAACAACAACAAUACAAAAGAAGUUAUUCCGAUUACAAUGAAGACCAAAGUUCUCAACAUGUACAUCCACAACAGCAACAACAAUUUUAUCAGAAAAAACAAAAGACUGAUUUUCAUCAACAGCAACAUUUUGGAUCGCAAUAUCGUGAUCAUCAACAAUCUCAUCAUGAUAAUUAUUCAUCAUCAUCUACCUCACAAUAUUCUAGACAAAAUUCUAAUGGUUUUUCUCUAGGCUCAUCUUCUUCAAAUUUGCCUUUUCCAACAAUCAUUCCAACUGGCAUGAGCGUUGAAGCCUUGAAUGCACUUCUCAUCCGAAUCCGAUUACAUGAACUUAAUGAACAAGGAGCACAAUUACAUAAUGGAUUUUCAUCUCUUGACAGACAAGAAAAACAAAAACUCUAUCGUGAAAUUCAAAAACUUGUGUCUCUCGCCCGACAAAUUAAUCCUCUUUUUAAUUAUGAGAACCACUUUUCAUUGAUCAAACAAUUUAUGACAGAAUCAGAAGCCUCAAUGGCUGACAUGGGAGAACAAGAUGCAUCAGCGGAGCAAACAAAAGAAAUUAGUCGUAAAAUUUAUAUUCCUGUUGAUGAAUAUCCUGAUUACAAUUUCAUUGGUUUGAUUAUUGGACCUGGAGGGUUAACACAAAAGAAAUUGGAAAAAGAAAGUGGAGCAAAAAUUGCUGUUCGUGGAAAGGGAAGUGUUAAACCAGGUAAAAUUCCUGUAAAAUCAUUUGGUGACGAAGAAAAUUUACAUGUUCUUAUUACGGCUGAAGAUGAAGAUUCUGUUGAAAAAGCUGCUGAAAUGAUUAAGAGGUUGCUAAUACCAGUAGAAGAAGGUACUAACGAAUUAAAAAAGGAACAGUUAAGAGAAUUAGCAAGACAACGAGGCUUCACCAUUGAAGGCAUGUCAGAUGCUGAGCUUGGAGCUGCUGUAGAAGAUGGAGGCGGAGAAUCUGCUGAUUUUAUUGCAAAACUUCAAUCGUAUGGCUUGAAUCAACACAUGCACGAUCAACCACCAAUUCCAGGUGUCACUUCACACGUAGAAAUUCCAGGAGUGACCGACAACAAGAAAUACAUGAGCGGUGGCAAGUCAGGAAUUGAGAGCGCUCUCGAUAAGCUCAAGAGAGAGCUCUUAAUGGAGGCAGAUGAAAUGGGUAAAGCCAUCAGCGAAGAGCAGCAAAUGGAAAAUGAGAAGGUUGUUGUGGAGCCACCGAAAAUUCAAGCACCAAGUGCCAAUCCUUUCGAUGAUUCCUAUGAGAAAACCUAUGAACUGUAUUAUGAGUACUAUAAGCAAUAUUUUGCUCAACAACAAAGGACCUACCAGCAAUUUUUGGAUUUGUUUCGAGGUUAUGAAGGAGAUGUGCCAAGCAAAGAUCAUGCUUCCUAUUUCCAAACUGUGAUGUGGGCUCUAAACGACCAACUCCCUCCUGUGCCUGGUAGUUUUGUCAUUCAAAAACAGCAACCUUAA